UUCUAAACCAUCGAUGUUUUAUAUUAUUUCAGGUUAGAAAUAUAGUGAUAACAAUGGAUAACGGAACAAGUAUCCCAGGAUGUGCUCCAGAAGGUCCGAAAGAAGAGGAAUCAAAAAUUGUUAUUCACAUCGCCAUGGGAAUGGUUACACUAUUGUCAGUGUGUGGUGUGCUAGGAAAUGCCCUAGCUAUUUUUGUAUUUUCCCGCCAGAAAAAUAAACUCAGCUCAACAGUUUUCAUUCUCACUUUAGCAGUGACGGACUUUAUUUCAUCACUUGUGACCAUGCCCUACACGGUUGUGAUUGAACUUAUGUAUUAUAAUAUUGGAUAUGACUUUCCAUGUAAGCUGUACCAAUUCAUGAAAACAACAACAAUUCCGUUUUCAGCGUUCGUGAUGGUCGCAAUAGCACUGGAUAGGUACUUAUGCAUUGUGUAUCCAUUCAAACAUAUAAUGACUGUUCGAAGAGCAAAACUUAUAGUGUGUGUUUUAGUGAUGUUAGCCUUUGUAAUCGGAAUUCUAGCAUCUCUGAUGAUAGGGACAUACAGUUACGAAGAUGUUAAGAAGAACAACUGUUCAACUGGGGCAGAUGGAAAUGUCCUCAUUUAUUCGGAUGCGGAUGGAACAAGCAUGCACAGUGGGAAUACAAGUUUCGACUUGGAAGAGAAAAAAAUAUCAAAUAAACUGGUAAACACAGGCAUAUGCAUGCAAAAUUAUCUCAUUUUUGACUUAUCAUUUAUAGGCGUUUACCAGAGGAUUUAUUCGGCACUGUUCGGUGUUUGUGCAAUACUGGUGAUCAUACUAUAUUGUCUAACGUACAGGUCCGUACUCGUACACAGAAACAAAAGGCUAAAUGUUAGUAAUAAGUGUUGUGGAAUGAUAACAAGUUCCAUGGCAGAUGACUCCCAUGAACAUACCGAGUUCACAACAUUACAUAAAGACGACCAAUCUCCUAUCAUUAACGGCCAGGAACGGGAAAGCUGUAUGCAGCUCCAAGACAAAUUCAGAGAAAGAUGUAGUACCAACGAAUCGCCGGCGAAGUCUGGUAACCGGCAAACCAAGACAGAUCAGGAAGGACAAUUAGGACCGGGUGGUGUUUCCCGCGCAAAAUUGAAGAAGUUGCGCGUUGCAAACAUCAAAACAGCCUUAAUGUUAUCGAUUGUGGCAUUUAUAUAUAUCGUGGCCUUCACACCUGCGUGGAUGAUGGCAUUGAAAGUGCUGAAAAUGAAUGUGAUUGUGUAUUACCUUUAUUUUACAUAUAAUGUAGCGAACCCGGUGAUCUACGCAUUUCUCAAUAAUAAUUUCCGCACACAUCUUCAGGCAAUGUUCCGAUGCAGAAAAUAGAAAAGUAAAAAACAAAGUGUACAUAAACUUCAAUAGUUUAUUGUUAUAGUAGUAAAUUCGGCUGUUGUCAACACGACAAAUAAAAUUGUGUAUGAUUUAUAUCUCUGAAACAGUAUCAAUGAAAACAAAGAAAAAACUUAACUCGAGGAUGUUAUUUAUAGCUUGUUUAUAGGAUUUAUUAAAAUAUUAUUUUUAGUAAGGGACUUCUACAUGCUAUUAUAAUCAUUAUGAUAUAAAUAUGUUAAGGAUACUAUUAUCAGUUGAAACAGUUAUUGACUUCAAAUUGAUUGACUGUGACCAGAUCAUGUCAAGAUAACGAAAUUCAUUGUAUUUUAAUUGCUAUUAGUUUGAUUUACUUUAUUGUGGGUUCUUAAAAGCUGACUUACUAUUGUUCAAAAUUAAAGUGAAUGGUUCUACAAUGGGCACAUUAUCAAAACGUUUUUAAAUGUAAAUGAAAUAAUAGAAAAAUGUUAAAUAUUUCUUUGAAAAGAAAUGUUGAAAAUGUUAUAAGUGAUCUAUAUAUUUAUGAAAAAUGAUAAUAUGUACAAUUAAUUAUCUCAUAAAUAUUUAUCUUUAUCAUAUCGAACCGUGUAUCUCACACCUACAAUAUCCAAUAAUUAUUUCAUGGUUUGUUGUCGCUUAUAAUACUGUAUGUUAUCAUCAGAUUUUUAUUGUGUUACCGACUUUACAAUUAUGGAAACAUUUGCUUUAAUGUUAUGUCUUUAAAUAAAGAAAGGAUACAGUGUGCGACUACUGUUUGCUCUGAAAAGCUUAUUUCAAGUGUAAACCUUAUUAUUAAUGUAAAGUAACUUAACUUAACUAACUAACUUAACUAAAUCGAACAUGUUAUUUUAAUAACAAAUCUUGCUGUAAAUUUGGCAUUUUAAUAUUAAGUUUUUAAAAUAUCAUAUAAAAGACAUAUCAAUAUUGAAUAAAUAACAUAGUUACACAAAUACUUUAAUCAACCGAUACAAAUCACUGUAUCAUUUAAAAACCAUUACUUGUAAUGAAAAAAAUUAAAAUUCGUAGUCAUGUAGUGCAAAAUAAAUUACUAUUACUGAAAUAUUCAUCUUACUAUUGAUAACCCCCAGUAAUUGUCUUUUCAGAUUGUCCGAAAUCGUCUUUGUAUUAGAUACGACAUAUUAUAUAAUGAUUAUUGUUUGAAUAAAUGUAUUUUUGUGCUGUAUGACAUUGUAUAACAAAACUGAAACUAAAUUUGUCGACAUUAUUUGUUGAGAAUCAUUUUACAUCAUACAUAUUAUGUGCUUUAGUAUAUGACAUUUAUUCUGUUCUCUUCUAAUGUCGUAAUAUAUAUAAUGUACGUUGUUAGCGAUAACGCUUUUCAAUUAUCUAUUCUUGGCGUUGUUAUUAGAAUUACACACGUAUAUUUGAUUUCUUAUCAUUCAUUAAACAUGUCCUCUUAUCUGGUGGAUCGUUUUACAAGCAUGCAUUUUAUGUAAUAUUAAUAUCAUUACAAAAACAUGCCCAGGUCAUGUCCAGUUCUAUUCAUUCAUCGUUUGUUUUUCUAAACUGAACUUCCUUGCCGUCUGUAAAGAUGUUAUUUGCAACACUUAAAGUAAACUGAUAAUAUCCGCCUGCUUGACAUAGUUAAAUGGUGACAUAAUAUUACGGUAAAACGCAUCGUGUUUAAAUAUAGAUAUAUAUGAAUGCUCGUGUAUCAAACAGGUUUAAAAGGACUACCAUUUCUUUUACUGUAUUUAAAGUUUCAAACUAUCAUAUUUGUAAAGCCUGAUGCUUCAUGAAGACCAAGGAUUACUUAUAGUUAUUUGGGUGACACAACUUGUUUGUUUAACAACCUGUAGUUUAUAUAUUUAAUGAGAAAGAGUACACGUGCCAGGACAUUUGUAUGCCGAAGGGUUAACUCCAUAGUUAGUAACUUAGAAUGACUGUUAUCAUUGUUUUGGAUUUAGUUAUGAAUAUUAGUUUAUAUCCGAUACAUCCAAAAUAUUUUAUUUGAAUGUAGAAGUAGGCAAACGAUAUGACACAUAUUUGAAUAUGUAUACCAUGUAAAUAUUAAAAAUUAUGAUGAAAUUUCAACUGUUGUUAUUUAUUUCAAAAUUCA